AUGCGGAGUUCUUCCCUACGACCGCUGCAGCGGCAGCUGGCGGCAAUUGGCAGAUCCUACUACACAUCCAUAUCUACAGCGAGUCCCUUACGAAGGUCUUGCGCAAGUAACAGCUAUGGCUGUGGCUGGAACAGCGUCUCUCGCAUCUCCCGGAGAGGCAUCUCAUCUACGCCCGCUCCUGGCACUACGGAGAACAAGAACAAGAAGCUGCCGCUCGCAGGCAUUCGCGUGCUGGACAUGAGUCGCGUGUUGGCUGGGGUCAAUCGCAAUAAGAAAUCGCUGGCCCUCUCGUUCGCCCACCCCGAAGGCGUCGAGAUCCUCCACCAGCUGGCCAAGGACUGCGACGUGCUGGUCGAGAACUACCUGCCGGGCUCGCUCGCCAAGUACAACAUGGACUACGACACCAUCCGCCGCAUCAACCCGCGCCUGAUCUACGCCAGCAUCACUGGCUACGGCCAGACGGGGCCGUACCGCAACCGGCCCGGGUUUGACGUCGUGGUCGAGGCCGAGUUUGGCCUGAUGCACCUGACGGGUUCGCGCGAUGGGCCGCCCGUCAAGGUCGGCGUCGCCGUCACCGAUCUGACGACGGGCCUGUACGCCUGCAACUCGAUCAUGGCCGCGCUGCUGGCGCGCGCACACACGGGCGAGGGCCAGUAUCUGGACGUGUGUCUGAGCGACUGCCAGAUCGCGACGCUGGCCAACAUGGCCGAGUCGGUGCUGGUCAGCGGGAAGCGCGAUUCAGGGCGAUGGGGGACUGCGCAUCCCUCCGUCGUCCCCUACCAAGGCUUCAAAACCGCCGACGGCGACAUCUUCAUCGGCGGCGCCAACGACCGGCUCUUCGGGAUCCUGUGCGACAAACUCGGACGACCAGAGUGGAAGAGCGAUCCCAAGUUCGUGACCAACAACGCGCGCGUGCGCAACCGGACCGAGCUGGAGGGGUUAAUCGAGGCCGAGACGAAGAAGCGCACGACAAAGGAGUGGCUGCAGAUCUUUGAAGGGAGCGGAAUGCCGUACGCGGCUGUCAACGAUGUGCUGGAUACGUUGAACCAUGAGCAUGCACAAGCACGCGGCAUGGUCCAGGAAAUCGAGCACCCCGUGUGCGGACCCAUCAAGGUGCUCAGCCCGCCCGUCAAAUACUCGAGCGCGACCCCGAGCAUCCGGUCUCCGCCGCCGAUGCUGGGCGAGCAUACGGACGAGAUCUUGAGGGAGGUAGUCGGGCUGAGCGAGGAGAGGGUGCAAGAGCUGCGGGAGAGGGGGGUUGUUAGGAAGAAGGAAAGCAUGUCCUUAAGAGGAAACCAAUUAAACAAAAAAAAAGGACUCUCAUAUCGAACAAUUGCUUGA